CUUAGCAGACCGUAGGGUGACCCGGAUGAUGGCGGCCGGAGCGGCCCUAGCCUUGGCACUAUGGCUACUACUGCUGCCGGUGGGGGUUGGGGGGGCAGGGCCCCCACCGAUCCAGGACGGCGAGUUCACGUUCCUGCUGCCUGCGGGGAGGAAGCAGUGUUUCUACCAGUCUGCGCCGGCCAACGCAAGCCUCGAGACCGAGUACCAGGUGAUUGGAGGUGCUGGACUGGACGUGGAUUUCACGCUGGAGAGCCCUCAGGGCGUGCUGCUGGUCAGUGAGUCCCGCAAGGCAGAUGGGGUGCACACGGUGGAGCCCACGGAAGCUGGGGACUACAAGCUGUGCUUUGACAACUCCUUCAGCACAAUCUCUGAGAAGCUGGUGUUCUUCGAACUCAUUUUUGACAGCCUGCAGGAUGACGAGGAGGUCGAGGGCUGGGCAGAGGCUGUGGAACCUGAGGAGAUGCUGGAUGUCAAGAUGGAGGACAUCAAGGAGUCCAUUGAGAUCAUGAAGACCCGGUUGGAACGUAGCAUCCAGAUGCUGACGCUCCUGCGGGCCUUUGAGGCACGUGACCGCAACCUGCAGGAGGGCAACCUGGAGCGGGUCAACUUCUGGUCUGCGGUGAACAUGGCCGUGCUGCUGCUGGUCGCCGUGCUCCAGGUCUGCACGCUCAAGCGCUUUUUCCAGGACAAGCGCCCUGUGCCCACUUAGCCCCAGAAGGAAGACAGGGAAAGGAGGGGCAGCAGGGCACAUGUGUGUGAGAUC